AUGGCACGUAAUUCAGAGAAAGCCCAGUCGAUGCUGUUCCGCUUCCGGGAAGCGCAACAAGCAGAAUUAGGUAUCAUAGAUGCUGGGAGAACACGACGCCCAAAGAUGAUAACGGAAGUCGCAUCUAUACCAUCAUGCGAGAAAUGGAGAGGUCAAGUUCUAAAGGAGAUCUCGCGCAAAGUUAGCAAGAUCCAGGAUCCAAGUUUAAGUGACUUCAUGAUUCGAGAUUUGAAUGAUGAAAUCAACAAGGCGAUGAAGGAAAAGUAUAUGUGGGAGGUACAGAUCAGGAAUCUAGGAGGUCCUAAUUAUAUGCGGGGAGGAGGGAAAGUCUAUGACGAAGAAGGACGGGAGAUACCAGGUGGUGGGAAGGGGUAUAGAUAUUUCGGACGUGCUAAAGAGUUACCUGGAGUCAAAGAAAUGAUCGAAGCUGCGACGAUAAAACCUCGCGAAGACCAGCCUCUGGAAUCUAGAGUAGACCUGCGAAAACAAGUUGACGCUUCAUAUUAUGGUUACAACCUCGACGAAGAAGAUGGUACUCUACUAGACUAUGAGAUUCAAAAGGAGAAAGAGGCGUAUGAGAAAUUAUUGGAAGGCAAAGAUAAGAAGAUCCCAGACGGUUGGGAGCCGUUACCAGGAGAUGCAGGCGAUGGCGCAGGAUGGAGACUACCUACAAGCGAAGAAGUUCAGGAAGAGCUCGUUGACAGACGACGAAGACGAUUACUGGAUAAACUGGGAUGA